CUCGCUCUGAUCUGAUGUUUUGACUUUUGACCAGAAGAAACAGGGUAGAAGAAAAUUCUCACCUUCCCAUCUCCUUCCUCCUCUCCCAAAACUACAUAAAAGGGCCUCAACUGGGUCUUCUCUUUGUGACACCAGCUCAAGACAACCUUCAACUCAUUUCUUCUCUAUUCUGAUCUCUCCAAUCAAGGAAAACAAAACUACACAGCGCAUAUUUCUAUCCUUACCAGGAUUUGGGUAUGUGCAGUGGUUCAAAUAGUAACCAUAGCCCUGCAAACUUCAGCAUGGAAGGUGAAUCCCUAAAGCAGAGAGAUGGCGCCUUGUUUAAUUGCUCAGUUUUGCUUGAAUUAGCUGCCUCUGAUGAUCUUGCUGCCUUCAAGGAUGAAGUUGAAGAAAAGGGUUUUGGUGUUGAAGAGGCUAGCUUAUGGUAUGGUCGAAGAAUUGGGUCCAAGAAGAUGGGUUUUGAAGAGAGAACGCCACUUAUGAUUGCUGCCAUGUUUGGAAGUGUUGAUGUUUUGAAGUAUCUAAUUGGAACAGGCACGGUUGAUGUCAACAGGGCCUGUGGAUCGGAUAGAGUCACUGCCCUCCACUGUGCCAUUGCUGGUGGCGCUGAUGUUUCAGUUGAGAUUGCCAAGUUCUUGCUUGAUGCAUCCGCCAAUCCUAAUUAUAUUGAUGCCAAUGGAAACAAGCCCUGCGAUCUUAUAUCCCCAACUUUUAAGUCGAUGCGCUGUUCAACAAAAAGGGAAUUGGAGAUGUUAUUGAAAGGCGAGCAUUUUAAUCAAGAUGGUGAAGAGAAGCUAACGACAAUGCCUCAAUUACUGAAAGAAGGAAGUGACAAGAAAGAAUAUCCAAUUGAUGUAUCAUUGCCAGAUAUAAACAACGGAUUAUAUGGAACAGAUGAAUUCAGAAUGUACGCUUUCAAGGUGAAGCCAUGCUCGAGGGCGUACUCUCAUGAUUGGACAGAGUGCCCAUUUGUCCAUCCAGGUGAAAAUGCAAGGAGGCGAGACCCAAAGAAAUAUCCUUACACUUGUGUCCCUUGCCCUGAUUUCCGCAAAGGGGCUUGCCAAAAGGGUGAUACCUGUGAGUAUGCUCAUGGUGUGUUUGAGUCCUGGUUGCAUCCUGCACAGUACCGGACACGUCUUUGUAAGGACGAAACUAGUUGUAACCGUAAAGUUUGCUUCUUCGCUCACAAGCCUGAAGAAUUACGACCUGUGUAUGCUUCAACUGGUUCAGCAAUGCCUUCUCCUAGAUCUACUUCGGUUAGUACAGUGGACAUGGCAACAUUGAGCCCAUUGGCACUUGGGCCAGCAUCUUUGCCAUUACCUACUGUUUCUACACCACCAAUGUCCCCCUUGACAGCUGCCUCACCGUCUCCAAAGAGUGGAGGCUUGAGGCAGAACAAAAUCAACCUAACCCCACCUGCCUUGCAGCUCCCUGGCAGCAGGUUGAAAUCUGCUCUAAGUGCUAGAGAUUUAAACUUGGAGAUGGAGUUGCUUGCGCUGGAAAAUCAUAAUAGCUUACUGCAGCAGCAGCAGUUGAUAGAUGAGAUAUCAACUCUAUCAUCUCCUUCUUCUUGGAGCAAGGACUUCAACAGGUUUGGAGAAUUUAAGGGUACCAACCUUGAGGAUGUCUUUGGAUCUCUCGAUCCUUCUGUAAUGUCUUCAUUGACGGGACUUUCGCUGAAGAUGUCAAGGCCCUCAACCCCAACCCAGGUACAAUCCCCCACUGGCCUUCAAAUGCGUCAAAACAUGAGCCAGCUUCGUGCAAGCUACCCCACUACAAAUGUCUCUUCCUCUCCGAGUUGGAAGCCCUCUUCACUUGGGUUUGAUUCGUCAGCUGCGGUGGCUGCAGCAGUGAUGAGUUCCAGGUCUUCUGCCUUUGCCAAGCGGAGCCAAAGUUUUAUUGACCGUGGACAAGCGACUAAUCGACUAGGAUUUCCUGCUGCUGCAAAUUCAGCUGCCAUGAUGCCUUCUAAUAUAUCAGACUGGAGCUCUCCCGAUGGGAAACUGGACUGGGGAAUGCAAGGAGAUGAGUUGAACAAGCUAAAGAAGUCUGCUUCAUUUGGGUUUCGAACUCGCAAUGCCAGCAACAUAGCCACAGCAGACUUCAGACCGUCUCAUGUUAAUGAGCCCGAUGUGUCUUGGGUUAAUUCAUUGGUGAAAGAUGUUACUCCUGAGAGACAGCAGUAUAAUGUCGGAGAUGGGGUACGUGACUCUCUUCCACCAUGGAUGGAACAACUGUACAAAGAACAGGAGCAGAUGGUGGCAUAAGCAGAACGCCUUUCUGCUCCUUGGUUUCUAGCUUUCUUCUGACAAAUUUAUUCUUGGAAUUCUUGUUAGUAUUUGAAUUAUUGCAGUUUAGUAUAUCAGAAAAAGGAGGUCAGUAUAGAACACCACAAAACAUCAGCUGAUUACAAGGAUUUGGGUAGAAAGAACGAGUCUCUGCUCAUUUUGCUCAUAGGUUUCUCAGGUUCAGAUAAAACAAAGAAAGGGAGGGAGAGUAUUCGUUUAAUUAUUCUAUUUUCCAUAUUUUUUUACCCUUCUGGGGAAUUCUUUUUCAGGUUAUUCUGUAAUCUCAAUAUGAAGGAAAUAGUGUUUGAGAAAGCUUCAAUCAAUCUUGUAUCUCUCAAUGACCCAUUGUAAUUUUGAAUAACAUACUAUUUGGCAAUUGGCAGCUGUUAC